AUGAGGCGAAAACAGCAGUCGUCGUCGGGCGCAGGAGCCGUGAGCAAUCACGACCUUUACGACACUGACCCGCCAAGGCCAGGACGCCUGCUCGGCAUGCCAGCGCCUGUGCCGGCGCCACAGGGCGGCGCCGCCGCCUUCAAUGCCGCGGGCAGGGGAAUGAGCUUCCCGGGCGCAACUGCAGCGUCGGGGGGGGGGCAGGGGGGCGGGGGCGGGAGCGGUGGUGGUGGUGCAGGCGGCGGCGGCGGCGGCGUGGACUUGGACCUGAGGUUGCGAGACAGCAGUCAGAAGGGCGGGAAGAGAGGGGGCGGCUUCAGGGACUGGAAGCGGAGGGCAUGUCGCUGA